CAGCCAGGAUUCGGCUCCAGGCCCGCCCCUUGCCGAACGCAAUGCCCCGCCCCGGGUGGCUUUCGCCUCUAAAGCGCCCGGCGAGCGCCUCCAGCCGCCGCACUUUCACUCUCCGUCCGCCGCUACACCCGCUCGGUGUCUGGCCCCUGUGUGUCCCCUGCCACCCGAGCGUCCUCCCGCCCCCGCCAUGGACGCCAAAGUCGUCGCCGUACUGGCCCUAGUGCUGGCUGCGCUCUGUCUCAGCGAUGGAAAACCUGUCAGCCUGAGCUACAGAUGUCCGUGCCGAUUCUUCGAAAGCCAUGUUGCCAGAGCCAAUGUUAAGCAUCUCAAAAUUCUCAACACUCCGAAUUGUGCCCUCCAGAUUGUUGCAAGACUGAAGAGCAACAACAGACAAGUGUGCAUUGAUCCAAAAUUAAAGUGGAUUCAGGAAUACCUGGAGAAAGCUUUAAACAAGAGGUUCAAGAUGUGAGAGGUGGGUCAGACGCCUGAGGAAACCUUACAGAAGGAGCCCAGGUCUGAAGUCAGUGUUAGGGAAGGGCCUACAGCCACUUCUCCUGCUCCUGGGCAGGGCUGAAUGCAUUUCCAAGGGCCUUUGUUUUGCACAGUUUGCUUUACUUUCACCAUUUGAUUAUGUAGCAAAAGUACAUGGUGUUUAUUUUUCAUUUAGUUUGAUUAUCCAAUGUCAUUGGUGACUGAUAGAAACUUAGGCUAAGGCUGUUAUGUUAUUUGCCUUAUUAUAGUAUCUUUCCCAAGGAGCCCCUCUCCUCUGAUCAGGGGUUCCUGACUAUUUUAUCUCUCUAAGCUGAGACAGGAGGCUCACUCCCUUUCCAAAUGGGAGCCGGGGUCUGCUUCCUCCCUGAGGAUGACAGGGCUUCCCUGGGCUGAGGCAGGAACGUGAGGCCAGGGCAGAAUGAGACCCACCCCUCAUCCCGUGCUCUCCUCCACACCCCAUCACGUUCUUCUCAUCACUCUCUCUCUCAUCCAUCAUCAUGUGUCUCCAAGACUGUCUCCAUGAUCCUGAAAAAGGACUCUCUCAAGAUGAAAGCUUUCACUGAAACUGGGCACCAAGAAGGAAAGCAAAAUACCUGGUGUUCCUUGAAAACACUGUGCUCAUCUAUGUCUUGUUUGGAAUAUUGUCUGUUGUCCAAUCCUAUGUUUUGUUCAAAGCCAAUGUCCUCAUCCGUGACCAACAUCUUGGUGCAUGCACUGUCCCUUACUCCUGUGCAAAGGCUGAGUGUCAGGAGCCGCCCCCUCAGAAUCUGUGAACAGUUCCUGAUUAGGCCUGUGAUCAAGGUGAGCAGCCUGGUUUCCCCACUCGUCACAAAACCUGGAGGAUCAUCAGACAGAACCCAUAGGAAUGUUGUUUGCAGCAGCACUGAUCUCUGAGGACUGCUAACCCUUAACAUCUCUGUAGUUGUUGAUAUCUUAAAACUGCAGAAUUUUGUCCCGGGGGUGCCAACCUCAGCAUUGUUCUGAGAAUAACAAGGAAAAAAAAUUCUCGAUUUCUAUUAUUAUUUUCAAAAUGCAAAUCAUAAAAUAAUCCUAGAUAUGAAAAUCCCUUCCCAAUUAAAAUCUAAUCAUCUUCUUCAUCAUUUGGCAUGUCUUCACCAUUUGGCCAUCAUAUCUUACUUUACCCUGGACUUCUCUCCUGGCACAUGUUAAUAUGUGUUUCCAGGAGGUACAGCAGGGCAUUCUUUUAAGAAAGUAGGAUAAAAUACCUGACAUUUGGGAUUUUCCCUUUAAAAGCCGACCGUAGAUUUACAUUAAACUUCUUUCAAAUGUAAGCACUUGAGGUUUUUCGUAUGUUUUGUUUUUCAUUCAGUCUCACUGAUACUUUUCUCAUUUGGUUGAAGACUACAGUGAGAUGCUUUAAUGAAGAAGAUGGAAAAAUGAGGAGCAAAGCAAGGAAAGUUAUCAGUUGACAGGACACUGUAUGUAACAUGGAAAAAGGAAGUUAAAAAGAAACUUCACUUGUGGGUGUUUUGAGAGUUCAUAAUCUUUAAAGUAAUUAGUAAUGUAUGUCAGGCAUUUCCAUAAAUAUUCCUUUAAAUUAGCUCUUCAUAGAAGAAAUAAAUCCAUUCAUCAAAAAAAAUUCUCCCAAUUCAAACAAAAAUUAGAAUUCUCAAACCAGUUAUGUUAUACUGGAAAAAAGUGAAGUGUAGGAGAUCUUCAUUAAUUAUAAAAAUAAAGAACUAAUUUCAAAAUCCUCUUUUGCAAUUAACCCAUCACUACAAGGCUUCUGAAUUAUACAUGAAAUAAUUGAAUAUCCAGUGGGACAUUAAUUUGCCAGAUAAUUCAAGAUAUUCCUCAUGGAAAAUUUAGAAGCAUCUUCCCUCUAGUAUCCAGGAACGAGGACCAUUAAAUCUCCUGCUUCAAAAGAAACAAGCUUGACCCUAAAUCCCAACUAUACUUAAGUAAGGAGUCAUUUGUCUCUUCUACAUAGGGGGAGAAAUGGGUAAGAGUAGAAACUCCAGGGAGAUAACAGUUCUGUACUAACAAUGGGCUCCUAAAUGGAGACUGCCUGACUGAAGGAAAUAUGCAUUUAAAUACCCGAUUUGCAAAGGAAACUUCUCUUCCCAUCCUAAUCCCACUUUUGCUUUCAAAAUACAAAUCAAAUGCAUCACUUAGUUGUUGACUAGGAACACCAGCUGUCCCUCCUAGUCCUGGUGCUGCCUAUACCCUGACAUUCCCUUGGGCUCCAUGCAGCCUCCUGGAUUGUCCUUCACCCCUGACACUAGUCUUUGCAUUAGGACUGGGAAGCUGGGCUGGGGGCUCACAGAUGUGCUGUGUGUUGGAAUCCAAAUUUGUGCCGUGUGUUGUUUGCACUGUUGUUUGUCGCCCUCUGGCCAAGGCACUGAGACACUAGCGAGGAGAUACAGGAGGGCCCUCUGCUUGUCUACCUGUUCACCAGAGAUCACCUCCUAAGAGAGUUGGUUCAGCUUUGAGCAGAGGGUCUGCAUUUGCAAAAGGUUUGCAGUCUUCCCUGGGGGAUAUCCGGAGACCUAAAGCUUUCCAUUGUAUCCUAUUGAUCCUUCCAUGGUGUGAUUUUUCUCUCUGGAAUUAUCACCGGGGUCUCCCCAACUGAGAGUUGAUCAUCUUUCCCAUGUUAGUGCACCAUUUUCCAGCUGGAUGAAAAUUUCCUAAUCCCUCUGCCCAGCUCUCCUGAUCCACUCUGAGGGACCCCCAUUCCUGGAAAUGCUGCCUAGAAAUCUCUAAAUCCCUUAAGCAGACCACUGACAAAACCAACCUCGCCAGCCUCUCAGUCUUUGAGCAGUGAUGGGUUCAGUGUUAAAUGUGAUAAAUACUGUAUUUUAUAUUGUUUAAAUUGCAUCUCCCAGAUAAUGUGAAAUUGGUCCUGGAAAGGCAGCUUCCUGUAUGCAGUGUGUGCUUUUUUUUUUUUUUUUUAAUAAGUAACAACUCUUUGAGAAACAACAAUUUCUACUUUGAAGUCAUAUCAAUGGAAAAGAUGUAUCUGCACUUAUAAUUUUCCUAAUAAAGAUCUGUAUUCAAAUGUA